AUGCCGAUAUUUCCUACGCCAACUCACGGGGACGAUGACGGAGCUCCAUGCAUCACUGUUCGAGAACCCAUUGCCGAUCUUGAUAUCAGUAAUCCCAGGAAAGGCGCGAGCGUCGGAAACCCUGUUUUUCUAGCUCCCACUGACAGCAGAAAAAUUUCACGAUAUGCCCGAUCUAUGGGAGCAACGGAUACGAUCGAGAACCAUGCAAUCUCAAAGGCUAAUGUGACUGAUUGGCCGAUAGCAAAUUGGGAUGCUCCUUCGGUUACACUUCGUACAGCUUGUAGCGAUCGAUGGGCAUGUGUUCAUCCCAGCGGAACUCGUCAAUUUUCUCCUCGCGAGAUGGCGAGAUUGAUGUCCUUUCCGGACGACUAUUUCUUCUCUGGCGAAGUCCGUGAGCAGGUUAAGCAAAUAGGAAACGCGGUGUGUCCCAUUGUCUCCAGGGCAUUCGGAGAAUCGUUCAAGAACGCCCUCCUUCAAGAUUAUCCUGAGCUCAGGUCUAAAUUUUUGCAAGAUGAUAGUGAGUCGGAUGACGAGAAAGAAAACCCAGGAAAACGUCAAGACAUAACCUGCGGGCACUCCUCAAAAAGGGCUUUAGAUGAUUUAGUUGACGGCAACUCCACACCCUUAAACUCGCAACACAAACGUGCUCGAUACGAUUCAGGCUCGUUCCCGUUAACGAUCUAA